UAAAGGACGAGAUCAAUACAAGAUGACGCAAAUUUGGACAUUUGCAAUUUUCGGGUUCUGUUUAUGGAGUUUAAGACCAGUUCGAUCUACCAGAUGCCUUUCUUGUCAAGGACUGAUUGGUUCGACAUGUGAGAGUGUUACAAGUGAAGUGGAAUGUCCACACACCCAUGACUCUUGCUUCACAGUCACCAGAACUAUGGAUUACCCUGGCAUUGGCAGGUAUGUUGAGGUGUUAAAAAAUUGCUCCAUCUUGCAAGACUGCUGGUUUAUCGGAAACGCCUCGUGCGAUAACGCCGCCCACAGGUUUGUCAACAGUUGCUCCAUUGAUUGCUGCAUUGGAGAUUUAUGUAAUAACAAAACCGUACAGAUUACGCAAAACUCUACGACACGCGUGAUCACGCACACUAGUACAGUUUUCGAAAAAGGCACGAACCUUAAGCGAGAGGUAACCCACAUUGGUGCAACACCAAAGGCUAGGCAGGCGCCAAGGUUCACAUCCGGGGUAUUUCUGACGAAAAGAAAGGCAACACAUGCGCCAACGGAAACAUCCGGGAUACCGAUGAUGACGUCUGGGUCGUCAACACAGAGCCAGUCCAACUUGAAUGACAAAGCAUUUGCAUCCUGGACUUCGCAGAAAUGUCAAGUUUCCAUAUCUAGCGGUAACAUCACCACCACUGACUCGUCGCGCGAAGUAAGAGCAGUCCCCAAUAAUUCCAAAGGACUUUGGAGUCAGUUGCUUACUCAAGUAUUAAUGGUGCCUCUGGGAAUUAUAUACGGGAGAUUUUAGAUAUCAAAGGAUAGGUUAGCUUAUCAUGGUUGGACCUCAACUUUUACUUUGUUAGGCAAACGAGAUGGACUAAAGAUUAGAGUUCUGUAGUCAUACAAAGAUUAAGGUGGCUCUGUAACCAAUGUGCAGAUUUUUAAACUAAAAAAAUUGGGAUCGUUUAAUUAGUUUGCAAGUAAAAGAUACGAAAAUCCAAAAUGGGGGGUGUUUCUUGGAAACUGAAGUGUCGCCAUGGUAACCUUUCAUUAGAAACUGAAUUGGAGAAAUCAUAAUACGUUUUUUGAACCAUUUUUGAAGCGUCAAAGUGUUUAAAAAUAGAAACACAGGUUUAGCUUUCACAACAACUGUUUACAAUCUUUAACAACAGACAGAAUUGCUUCAGAAUAUUUUAUCAUUAUUGUGUAUUUAGAGAAAGUAGGAAAGAUUGAUGCACGAAAUUGCCGGCUGAAAACUAAGUAUGUUUGGUGAAGGAGGAGUACGCUUUAGAACCCUUGUAAUUUUAAUCUCUGCCAUCAUUAGGUAUAGUGCUGCUUCAGGAAAGGUUUUCGGAAGAAAAGACGAAAGUGCACGCGACAAUCUCAAAAGAUAAUCUGGGUAUCGGCAAUCAUUGCAUUUUAAAAGUAAAGAAAUGAGUAAAAUGAAUAAACAAAUUCACCAAAGCCCCGCAAUGCCUUUUUCUUAUAAUGAUGUUUUCUCAUAUUUCCCUGAAAUUCUGAGGUUAUGGAACGGAGCUGUAAUCUGUAUACUACCCACAAUAUCUCUCGUUUUAUGCCUCAUGCACUUUUACGUUUUUAUCCAACAACUUUUCUCGAAACAGCUGUAUAAAAAAUCAUAACAUUGAACAGGCUUUUCAGAUCCCAAAGAGCAAUUAAAACGCCAGCUUUUGCAAAUUCCCUUGAAACGUACUAAAAUUCAAUAUUUGACACAAGUAUUUUGCUUUGUAAGAUGGCUGCU